GUCCAAAACAGAUAGGGAAUUUGAUACAUUUAAGGUCUCUUGACUUGUCAAAUAAUAGGUUUCUAGAGGAAUUGCCUGAUGCAGUUUGUGAUUUAUACAAUUUGUUUAUACUAGACAUUAGUGGAUGUAGGAAGCUUAGAAGUUUGCCUUGUAGAAUGGGAAAUCUAAUAAAUUUGUGGCAUCUUCGGAAUGAGUGUACAGAUUGUGUGGAAUUCAUGCCUAAAGGAAUGGAGAAAUUGACUUGUUUACGAACAUUAAGUGAGUUUGUGGUGGGCAGUGGUGGUAAAGGAGCUGCUCUUAGUGAAUUGGGAAACUUGAUUCACCUUCGAGGGGAGCUUGAGAUAAGAGGAUUGGGAAAUGUCAGAGAUGAGAGAGAGGCUGAGAAGGCACAGUUACGAAAUAAGAAAGGGCUCACUUCUUUGGUUCUAAUUAUUGGUUGGACUUUCUUUGAUAAAAGCAAAGUUUCUGAAGCAUCUGUUCUUGUUCUUGAAGCCUUAGAACCACCUUUAGACUUGGAAAGGUUACUAAUAGGGGCCUACAAAUGCCUAACCCCAACCUUAGGGGUUUGGCCCAGUUGGAUAGUGUCUCUAACCAAGCUGAAGUUCUUUGGGCUCAGUAAUUGUGUCGACGUUGAACAGUUGCCUCCUUUGUGGAAAUUGCCAUCACUAGAAUCGCUUCGUCUGUGGCAAAUUGGAGGAGUGAAAAAGGUGGGAGUUGAAUUCUUGGGAAUAGAAACGUCAUCUUUGUCUCCAUCUUCUUCUUCAUCAGCUGUUGUUGCCUUCCCCAAUUUAAAAUCACUGAUAUUUAGAUAUAUGGAGGGGUGGGAAGAGUGGGAUUAUGGAAGCAGAGGAGAAGAGGAUAUCAAAAUCAUGCCACGUCUUUCUUCCUUGGAGAUUCAUGGAUGUGAGAAGUUAAAGAUGUUGCCGGAUUCUAUUCUCCAAAGUACUACCCUCCAGAAUUUGGAAAUUUCUCUGUCGCCAGUUAUUUCAAAUCGCUGCAAAGGGGAAUACCAGCCCCAUAUCUCUCGCAUCCCUAAAGCGGACAUCUGGUGAAAACCUCAACUCUGCACAGGAGCAAGGUACUUCACUUUUGCUUAUAACAUGUUCAAUUUUUUUUUUUUUUGAGUGAGCGACAGGGCCCGUACAUAUUCAAAUAUUAUUAAAUCAAACACUUUACU